CUCUUUCCUCAUUUUAAAAACGGUGAAUUUGUAAUACAUAUAAUGAGUGGAAACAGUUUAUUAUUAUCAUCAUCAUCACCACCAACAGCUACGUUACCUGCAUCGGUAUCAGCAGCUGGAGCAGUUGCAUCAGCAGCUACAGCAGCUGCUAACGCGAUCCGAAGUAGCAAUAGCACAAGUAACAGUGGUGGUAGUAAUAGUUGUAAUAAUACUGUGCUACAAACGACAACAACGCCCGAAGGCGGAGACAAUAAGGUUGCUGUUAAUACUACUAAUGCUACAGCAGUAGCACAUCAACAACAUCAUCAACACCACCAACAGCAGCAGCAGCAGCAUCAUCAUCAUCGUCAUCAUCAGGUAUCAUCAUCUUCAUCACCAUCAUCAUCAUCAUCAUCAUCAGCAACAACAACAGCAGUGGCAGCAACAACAGUAGCAACAACAAUAACAACAGCAACAACGCCGUCAUUACCGCCACCUUCUGCUAUUGUUUUACCAACUCAGCCAAAUUCAAUCACUGGUCUAUCAUCUCAGGUUCACGAGAUUACCUGCAAUUUAUGUCCUAAAACUUUUGCUAGCCAAAAAUUACUUCAACAACAUCAGCAUAUGUUCCAUACUGAUAAAGCAUUUAUUUGUGAAAUUUGCGGCAAAGCAUUCCGGUUCCGGUCUAAUUUAGCGGAACACCGAUCC